ACUGGUUUCAACUUUCGUUUUGCGUUGUUUACAUGGACCAUUUUAACUUUUGUUUUAUUAAGUGGAGUAGCAUGGAUCCGUUGAAGUGUCACGAAUGUGCUGCAACAGGAUUAAUAUCGGCGAUCCGGUUGGACAAAUGCUAUCACAUUUUCUGUAUGAAGUGUGAAAGACGGCUUCCUGUGACAGAGCAAAUACACAAAAGCCAGCAUUUUCGAAAUUGUUACAAAUGCAGCGUUUGUGGUUUAUAUUGUCAAUUAGACUCUACAACACAGCUAAAGAAUCAAGAAUUGCAACGGUCUCGAGGUUUAAACGUGCCAGAUAGUCGUCGGAGAAGGGAAGACCACUCUUCAACCACACAUGGAAAAUUACCUUCUCAUCCUGAACCUGCCUACUGGACUCCUAAUGACACUGUCCAGAACAAGAGGAUCGAAGAGAAAGACCGGCGGAUGAUGGCAACCAUGAAAACAUCUUCAAAAUCCAAUGAUGACUCGUAUCGCU